UCCGAGCCCUGAGUGCGCCCGCGGCCAUGGUCCCCGCGGCUGCUCCGGGCGCUUGAGCCCCGGAACGCGAGCACUGGAGGCGGGCGGCCGGCGGUGCGGGCGCAACGGAGAGGCCGCCAGAAGGUGAGCGCUGUGGGCUAUGGGAUGGAUGAGGUGGAACAGGACCAGCAUGAGGCCCGACUCAAGGAGCUGUUCGACAGUUUUGACACCACAGGCACCGGGUCCCUGGGGCAGGAAGAACUCACCGACCUUUGCCACAUGUUGAGCUUGGAGGAGGUGGCCCCGGUGCUCCAGGAGACGCUGCUUCAGGACAACCUCUUGGGCAGGGUACAUUUUGACCAAUUUAAAGAAGCAUUAAUACUGAUCUUGUCUAGAACUCUGUCAAAUGAAGAGCACUUUCAAGAACCAGACUGCUCACUAGAAGCUCAGCCCAAAUAUGUUAAAGGUGGCAAGCGUUACGGACGAAGGUCCUUACCUGAGUUUCAAGAAUCCGUGGAAGAGUUUGCAGAGAUCGAGCCCCUGGAUGGAGAAGCUCGGCCCUCACAUACCCCUGCUGGGGACCGCAACGAGCACUGGAAGACACAACACAGUGAGGAGUAUGAAGCAGAAGGUCAGUUAAGAUUUUGGAACCCAGAUGACUUGAAUGCCUCACAAAGUGGGUCUUCCGCUCCCCAAGACUGGAUAGAAGAGAAACUACAGGAGGUUUGUGAAGACUUGGGGAUCACCCGUGAUGGUCACCUGAACCGAAAGAAGCUGGUCUCCAUCUGUGAGCAGUACGGUCUGCAGAAUGUGAAUGGAGAGAUGCUUGAGGAAGUCUUCCAUAAUCUUGAUCCUGAUGGUACAAUGAGUGUAGAAGAUUUUUUCUAUGGCCUAUUCAAAAAUGGAAAAUCCCUCACACCAUCAGCGUCUACUCCCUACAGACAGUUGAAAAGGCACCUCUCCAUGCAGUCCUUCGAUGAGAGUGGCCGACGCACCACAACCCCAUCGGUGAUGACAAGUACCAUUGGGUUUCGGGUCUUCUCCUGCCUGGAUGAUGGGAUGGGCUAUGCAUCAGUGGAGAAGAUACUCGACUCCUGGCAGGAAGAGGGUAUUGAGAACAGCCAGGAGAUCCUUAAGGCCUUGGAUUUUAGCCUUGAUGGAAAUGUCAACCUGACAGAAUUGACACUGGCUCUUGAAAAUGAACUUCUGGUCACCAAAAAUGGCAUCCACCAAGCAGCUCUGGCCAGCUUUAAGGCUGAGAUCCGGCAUUUGCUGGAGCGGGUUGACCAAGUGGUCAGAGAAAAGGAGAAGCUACGGUCAGAUCUGGACAAGGCUGAGAAGCUCAAGACUCUCAUGGCCUCAGAGGUGGACGAUCACCACGCAGCCAUAGAGCGGCGGAAUGAAUACAACCUCAGGAAACUGGAUGAAGAGUACAAGGAACGGAUAGCGGCCUUAAAGAAUGAACUCCGGAAGGAGAGAGAACAGAUCCUGCAGCAGGUGGGCAAGCAGCGUUUGGAACUUGAGCAGGAAAUCGAAAAGGCAAAAACAGAAGAGAACUACAUCCGGGACCGCCUUGCUCUCUCUUUAAAGGAGAACAGUCGUCUAGAAAAUGAGCUUCUGGAAAAUGCAGAGAAGUUGGCAGAGUAUGAAAAUCUGACAAACAAACUCCAGCGAAAUUUGGAAAACGUGCUAGCCGAAAAGUUUGGUGACCUUGAUCCCAGCAGUGCCGAAUUCUUUCUGCAAGAGGAGAGGCUGACCCAGAUGAGAAACGAAUAUGAGCAGCAGUGUAGGGUAUUACAAGACCAAGUGGAUGAACUCCAGUCUGAGCUGGAAGAAUUUCGUACACAAGGCAAAGUGUUGAGACUUCCCUUGAAGAACUCACUGUCGGAAGAACUUGAUGCUAAUGGGGGUUGCAUUGAGCCUGACCAGGGGCUCAGUUCUGAAGAAUGCAAUCCAUUGAACAUGAGCAUCGAGGCGGAGCUGGUCAUUGAACAGAUGAAAGAACAACAUCACAGGGACUUGUGUCACUUGAGACUGGAGCUUGAAGAUAAAGUGCACCAUUAUGAAAAGCAGCUAGAUGAAACCAAGGUCACCUAUGAAAAGGAGCAAGAGAACAUGAAGCAAAAGUAUGAGAAUGAAGUGCAUGUCUUGGAAAAACAAAUAAGUGACCUUAAAAGUGAACUAGCAGAACUUCAGGGUCAGGCGGUGGUGCUCAAGGAGGCACAAGAUACAACUAUCUGCAGACACGAGGACGAGAAAAAACAACUGCAAAGGAAAUGGGAGGAGGAAAAGACUCACCUGCAGGAGAAGCUGAGGUUGGAACACGAGUUGGAACUCAAGGCUCACCUGGAGCAGGCAGAGGAAAGCUUUAACCGAGAGAGAGAAGAACUCAUUCAAAAUGGCGCCUGGACAGAAGAGAAGGUGAGAGGCUUGACUCAGGAACUAGAGCAGUUUCACCAGGAGCAGCUUAAAAGCCUGAUGGAGAAGCACACUCUUGAGAAAGAGGAGUUGCGAAAAGAGCUCUUGGAGAAACACCAAAGGGAACUUCAAGAGGGAAGAUAUGAAUCUGAGAAGCUUCAAGAAGAAAAUUCUAUUUUGAGAAAUGAAAUUACUACUUUGAAUGAAGAAGAUAGCAAUUCUAACCUGAAAUUAGGGAAAUUAAAUGGAUCUCAGGAAGAAAUGUGGCAAAAAAUAGAAACUGUAAAACAGGAAAAAGCUGCAGUUCAGAAGAUGGUCGAAAGUUUAAAGAAACAGAUUUCAGAAUUAAAAACCAAAAACCAAGAGUUGGAUUUGGAAAAUUCUGAACUUAGCCAAAAGAACUCUCAGAAUGAGAAAGAACUGCAGGAACUUCAUGAGCGUCUGGCGGAAAUGCUGUGCCAGGAGGAGGAAGAGCCGGGACCCGGUGCAUUUGAGGAGUGGAAACAACGAGAGUCUCAUCUAAAAGAAGAACUGGAACAAUGUAGAGCCCAGUCCUCUACUUUAGUGUCUUCUCUGGAGGCAGAACUUUCUCAAGUUAAAAUACAGACUCAUAUCAUGGAACAGGAAAACCUCCUUCUCAAAGAUGAACUGGAGCAAAUGAAACAACUGCACAGAUGUCCUGAUCUCUCCGACUUCCAGCAAAAACUUUCUAGUGUUCUAAGCUACAAUGAAAAACUGCUGAAAGAAAAGGAAGCUCUGAGUGAAGAAUUAAAUAGCUGUGUGGAUAAGUUGGCAAAAUCAAGUCUUUUAGAGCAUAGAAUUGCUACUAUGAAGCAAGAACAGAAGUCUUGGGAACACCAGAGUGAAACCUUAAAGUCCCAACUCAUGGCUUCACAGGAAAAGGUUCAGAGUUUAGAAGACACCCUGCAGAAUGUAAAUUUGCAAAUGUCACUGAUUAAAUCUGACCUACGAGUGACUCAGCAGGAAAAGGAGGCUUUAAAACAAGAAGUGAUGUCUUUAUAUAAGCAACUUCAGAAUGCUGGUGACAAGAACCAUGCCCCAGAAACAGCCACCCAUCCACCAGGAUUCCAUACGCAGCAGCCAAAGCUGACUUGGGACAAGAUGGAUCAUCUGAUAAAGGAGGAACAACAGCUACUUCGGCAGGAGAACGAGAGACUCCAGACCGUGGUGCGGAACACCAGAGCUGAACUCACGCACUCCCAGGACAAGGUCCGUCAGCUGGAAUCCAACCUUCUUCCCCCCAAGCACCAAAAACAUCUAAACCCAUCAGGUACUGUGAAGCCCACAGAGCAAGAGAAGUUGAGCUUAAAGAGAGAAUGUGAACAGUUUCAAAAGGAACAAUCUCCUACUAAUAAGAAAGUCAGUCAGAUGAAUUCCCUUGAAAGAGAACUAGAAACAAUUCAUUUGGAAAAUGAAGGCCUGAAAAAGAAACAAGUAAAACUGGACGAGCAGCUAAUGGAGAAGCAGCACCUGAGGUCCACUGUGACGCUUAGCCCGUCCCCUCACGCCUGGGAUCUCCAGCUGCGCCAGCAGCAAGCCUGUCCAAUGGUGCCCAGGGAGCAGUUUCUGCAGUUUCAACACCAGCUGCUGCAGGCAGAGAGGAUAAAUCAGUGCCUGCAGGAGGAACUUGAAAACAGGACCUCCGAAACCAACACACCACAGGGAAGCCAGGAGCAACUGGUAACGGUCAUGGAGGAACGAAUGAUGGAAGUUGAACAGAAACUGAAACUGGUGAAAAGGCUUCUUCAGGAGAAAGUGAAUCAGCUCAAAGAACAAGUGAGCCUCCCGGGUCACCUCUACCCGCCCACCUCACAUUCCACUUUUAACUCCAGCUUUCCAUUCCUUUAUCGCCAUUAACUCAUUCACUUUUGCUGUCGAAUAAAGGCAAAUGCUACUACAAAUGUAUAUAGCUGAAUUUAGGACUCACUCUUCCCCCAUACCACUCCAGAAGCAUGAAUUCUGUAUUCUGCAUUAUUCUCCCAAAGCUCUUUUAAGGCAGGUUGGUCCACAAUUUUAAAAAUGUACGUUUGCUGACAGAGACUGAUGCGGACCUAACAAAUUAAUUCCUAACAAAGUUCAGCUCAAAUUGAAUUUUUGUAGAUUUUUUUAUUUGCCCAAGACCGGAAACAUUCAAUUUAAGUAAACACAAAAUUUACGUUGGUAAAAUGGGGGGAUAAUAAGUGGAACUUUAGCUUUUCCUAUUUGCAACAGCUAUAAAAGUACUUAUGGCUGUAAAAGUACUCAUGGCUAUAAUCAGACCCCAAAAGGCUGUGCUCUGAAUUAGAAUAGGGACCCGGAAUUCCAGGACCACUGUAUAAACUGAUCCUUUUCACCUACUGCUGGCAGGUGGGUCCUAUGUUUGUAAAGUAUUUGUGUAAAAUCUGAUGACAUGCAAAAAAAAAGGACUACUUUAUAGGAAUGUGUUGUAGUGCUUUGGAAACUGAGACUAAGAACUGAGGAGCGGGAGCAGAAAUUGUCCAAGUGGUUUUCUAGUUAUAUAAAAAGAAGAAGAAGCCCAAGAAAAUGCCUUAAUGCAGAGGUAGACUGGAAUUUUCCUUUGCUCAAUGUCUUAAUCACAAAAUGGAAAGAAAGUCUUAUACAAUAAGCAUUUAUUCAAUCCUUUAAUCAUUCACUUAUUCAAAACAUAGCUACUAUGUGCCAAGUCCUGUUCUAAGCACUAGAAAUACAGCAGAGAACAAAAUCCUGCCCAUGUGGAAGGUAGUUCAUUUACAAGGUAUUGAGCAUUCGGCAAAAAAUAAAGAAAACGGAGUCUACUUCAGCAGAGGGGAACAUAGAGAAGAAGUACUUGAUCCAACUCAGGAGUUUAAAGUGAGUUUCCUGAAGGCCUCUUAAAGCAAGUACUGAUGCUGAGUAAGAUUUAAACAGAUGAAGAAGUGUGAGAAGGGCAGCCCAGGCUAUGGGAACAUCAUGCAGUUAUGGCAACAUAUGGGGCGUGGACAUCUGCGAACAUUUUGGCAUUAACAGUUCAUAUAGUACUGAAAGAAGCAGAAGAAAUUAGAGCAAUAGGGAGGAGUGGGUGGUAGAGAGCCUUAGGUGCUGAGCUGUGGAGUUUGCAUUUCAUUCUGCAGGUGAUGAAGAACCAUCAAAGUGUUUUCUAAAAGGGAGGAAGGAAGGGAGGGGGAGAGAGAUGAAAAGUUGUCUUAGGCCAGUUCAGUAGAACGGGUCAGUAUGUUACACCUGAGAGGCAUCCGGGUCUUGGGCUUCAGUGUUAACCCUUUUGAAAUGCUAAUAAAUUAGCUAAGUUUCAGUUCUUCAUUCCCUGAAACCUCUAUACUUUCAGAUGUCCUGGUUAAAAUUGGGUGUAAAAUGAGGCAUAAAUGGGGGAUUGGAAUACAUUAAUAGGAACCAUAAUAAAAUUAUCCCAAGGCUGCUGACAAAUUUUCCUAGCCCAACCUAGACUUUGUCUUCUAACCCUAAAAAAUUAAAAUAUAUCUUCUAGGCAAGCUCUACCUUGCAAAAGGGGAAGAGUUAAGGAAAAAUAACUGCCCAGAUCUUACCUCUUUGUUCUAUGUAAUACAUGGACCAAAGUUUAAAAUAAUCAGGAGGUUAUAGCUAUGAAUGUUCUUAACAGAUGUUUGAGCUUCCCAGAGUUAAAGUUCAUACUCUAUACCUCAAAAACUAUAAACAUAUUCUGAUAUUUUUUUAGAGAAUGAAAAAGCAGUAACCAUUUAUUUAGGUGGAAAAAACUUUGAUUUUUGAGCCUUCAAAUAUCGAUAUGUUCUUUUUGUUAGUGACUUCUAAAAACAUGCAAAGAAACAGCUUGGAAGAAGUGGAUUUGCUCUAUUUGUAUCCCUGAUGCCAGGUCUGAUGUUAAACCUGUGUUGUAAAAUAAAAGAAUGUAACCGAUAGAAGUCAUUUGCCUUUAUGAACAACUGUCCUAAUGUCACCCCUUAAACUUAAUUACAGAAAUGGAGUCAAGAUGUUUCUGGUUCUGUUUCUAGCUCUGCAAGAAUACUAAAGCAGAUACAGUGGUGAAGGACUUGUAUGUUGAAAAUGCCCAGUUGUUGAAAGCUCUGGAAAUGACUGAACAGCGACAAAAAACAGCAGAGAAGAAAAAUUACCUCCUAGAAGAGAAGAUUGCCAGCCUCAGUAAUAUAGUCAGGAAUCUGGCACCAGCACCACUGACUUCUACGCCUCCAUUGAGGUCAUAGCCAAGCCAAAGGAUACACUCAUUUUUGUGCACUUGACUAAAAUGGAUGGAACAUUUCAGUCGGUUCUUUCAAUCAUUUUUUUUUUUUUUAACCUUUAAUGGUUUAAAGUUAAGCUCAACCUAAAACUGCCAGCAACAAACCUGGAGUCUCCAUUCAGUAUAAUUAGUUUUUCUAAAGAGACUAAAUCAUUCCCAAGUUUUGAAUUAAAAAAAAAAAAAUCCUAAUAGCCACCAGAACAGUAGAUAUAUGAACACAACAUAAAGAGUCUUAAAACCCCAGUUUUGAAUGAGUUAAAAAAAAAUACUAUGUACAAUGCUAUAUGUCAAUCCCAGAUAUUUAAAGUUUGAGAUCUGAUGACUUUUAAUCUUUAUUUACAAAAAAAAAAAAAAAUGUAUUCUUA